AUGAAAUACACCCUCACCUCCCUCCUCCUCACCACCGCCCUCCUGGCAACCCCCACCCUCUCCACCCCGGCACCAGACGUCGUCAGCGACGCCAUCGGGAUCGCCCAAACCGCCGUAUCCGGGGGCGAAUCCCUGGCCACGAACAUCGCCAACGACGCGACCUCCAUUGCCUCGGACGUCGCGACCGGCGGCGCAGCGGCAUACUCCUCCCUGACGUCCGCGGGCGGAGACGUAGCCUCGAACGCCGAAUCGUGGGGCACGUCGGUGGCGUCCGACGCACGGUCCGAUGCGUCGGCGGCGGCAUCGGAUAUCCGGUCCAAGGCGUCGGAUGUAGCGUCGGAGAUCACUUCUCGGUGGGAGAGCGCGACGACGUUGACGGGGUCGAAUGGGCAGCCGACGAGUACGGAGACGAUGAGUGGGAAGACGACGCUGACGGCUAGUACGGCGAGUGCGACGGGGAGUGCGGCUAGUACUGCUAGUGGAUCGAGUGCUAGUGCGACGAGUUCGACGAGUGAGGGGGCGGGUGUGGCUAUGGCGACGCCGGGAGUUGGGUUGGGCAUGGGGGUUGCGGGUGUUGCGGGUGUUUUGGGGGUUAUGGCUGCUUUGUAA